AUGAUAAAAGUGAUAAUCUACUUCUUAAUUUUAAGCUCAGCUUCAGGAAUUUAUAGUGAUGCUGAUGUAUUUUAUUGUUACGAGGAUUUGACUGAUGAUGAACUGUCUGAAAAGAUUAAAAUGCAACCAUUAGAUCAAUAUAUAUUUUUGAUAGUUUGUAUUUGAAGAAUGUUAUCAUCAAUUAGCGCCUUUAGCAUUUAUGUGCACAAUGUUCAUCACUUAUAGUUUUAUCAAGUAUCCAAAUACAAGGAAAAUGCCAGGAGAUAUAGUAUUCUUUAUAUCGCUUUCCGAUGCUAUAUUGUGUAUACAUUGGUUUGUGACUGCUUGCUAUUACACUGUAUAUGGUGAAAGUCCUUUAAGUUCAGGUCCAUUUUGUUAAACAAAUUCGAUGUUUAGCAUAUUUGCAGGAACAGGAGAAGUAUCUUACAAUGUCGUAUUUUGCAUAUACAUUCGAUUGACUCUAAAAAAUUAAUUCAAAGUAAUACCCAAAUUACCGAUUAUUUUGCAUUCUUUGGCAUGGAUAGCUAUGAUAUCAAUCCCACUCUUGGCUAAGUUUACUCAUAACAAUGGUCUUUCAAUAUUUGGUACUUGCAGUUUUAAGUAUCACCCAGGAUUUCCUUUGGCUGGAAUCAUGCUUGUCUUUUGUUAUACUCUUAUUUCAUUAUACACUUUAUGGUAUUUCAAUAAAGCCAUUCCAGAUGACGAGAAAUACAAAGAAAUAAGAGACACUUUUGGGCAAUAUUACUAUCGUUACAUCAAAGGUUCCUGCAUAAUUUGGACAUCCUAGGCAAUAUCUUUUACUCUUGCAGGAUUCAACUGUUCGUAUUUUCAUAAGGGAAUUUUACUUAUUUUUAUAACAAUAGGUAAUUCAGCUAAAUUGUGUACACCAGUUGUGCUAUCUAUUUUAAGAUACAACGAACCUACAAUCAAGGAUCAAGUUAAAAGAUUGUGGCGAAGAGUUUGGAGAAGAGACAAUGUCUAAAGUGAAUUAUGUAAGCAAUAGAGAGUAUACAUUAGUGCAUGAUGAAACUAACUUUUAUGAUACUAUCCAUCAAAAUCUUAAAUUUGAUUUAGUCAAUACAAUUAUUUUUUGUAUAAGGGCUGUUUGCAAAAUGGAUGUCCCCUUAGAAACAUCUGAUUAUGAAUUUCAUAAUAUUAAUCUUGUUAGGAGAUACACAGAUUCCAGAUAUUGCAAUGAUUCAAUAUUGAGCAAUGAUAUUGCAAGAUUGAAGUCUGAUUAUAAUUUGACCACUGAUGACUUCCUUGAAGAAAUCAUCUAUGAGAUUGAUAGCAAAGGAACCAAUACUGAAAAGUCAUUAGACUUAAAAUUGUUACCAUCAACUAUGACUGUCUAUACUCCAAAGAUAUUUCAGAAGAUUAGAGAGAAGGACGCCAAAAUGAUUAAUCAUUUCAAAUCAUUUGACCUGGUUGCAAAUUAAGACUAAAUUAAAUAAUUCAAAGGGCCAGACGGAGGCAAAGGAGGAGCCUUUUUCUUUUUCACUCAUGACAAUAAAUUAAUUAUUAAAACAUUGUCAGAUUAAGAAUUAACAGUCAUUCGAAAAAACCUCAUCCCUUACUUUUUUCAUAUAAGUGAAAACGACACUGUCAUUUCACCCAUUUAUGGUAUUUACAAAUUAUUCAGAUAAAAUGUAUUAUGAUUACUCAUUGAUUUAUUAGGUCCAAGAGUCUAUUAAUGUAGUUGUAAUGAGAAAUGCAAUGUAAAUACCAUCUAUGUACAGAGUCAGAACAUACGAUAUAAAAGGAUCUGAACACUCAAGAUAAGUCUUAAAGAAAAAUGCUAAAUAUAAUGAUGCUGAAUUAAGGAAAAUUACAUUAAAGGAUAUUGAUUUUCAGAAUUUAGAAUAACAAUUGCAUAUACCUUAAUAAUAUCGAGAAAGAUUGAGAACAUGUUUAGUUAAUGAUGCUCACUUUUUUGGUAAAAUAAAAUUGAUGGAUUAUUCACUAUUGAUUAUCAAAAUGGAUUGGUAUACUUACAGCUAAAAUAAUCCUCAUAUUAGAGAAGAAGAAGUAAUGAGUUUAUAUAUCAAAGAUUCCCAAUUAUUUUUCCUCUGAUUUAUUAUGCAUACCUAGUAUAAAUGCAACUGAAAAUGGAAUUUACUAUCAUAUUGCUAUUAUUGACUAUCUACAAGAAUGGAACGCUUAAAAGAUAAUUGAAAAACACACUAAAAAAGCCAUUCAUGUAAAUAUUGCUUUAGAUACAUCUGCCCAAAAUCCAGAUGAUUAUUCUAAAAGAUUUAUAGAGAAAGUUGCGUAUGUAAUCAUAUGA